UCUCCGAUAACAGAGCCCAGCUCCCGCACCAGAAUCGCUACCUGUUAGAUUCUUUGUAUCCCGGUCCUGUCGGAGGACUCGAUCCAAAAUUCAGCCACCUCAAAUGGCGACGCCGCCUCCCGAGGCUCCCUCUGCUCUCAAAGAGGAGAAGCCUCAACUGCCGCCGUCGCCCAAUGGAGUUGCGCCUGCGGACGUCGGUCGCACAAGUGCGCCUGAUGCUGUAGCCAAUGCGAACCCCGACGUCUCCGUCAACGGCUCGGAGAAACCAUCGGAGGACAUGAAAUCUGCUACGGCGAAUGGGAAUACUGCCGAGCAAUCUUCAAACACAAAUGGUCUCGCCGCGACUACUUCACCGCCCAAAUCACCAUCUCUUCCGACCGCCGAUACUUCCGCGCAACCAGCCGUCGCGUCCGAAGAAUCUAAAUCUUCAAAUGUGGACUCCGUUGCGACUGGGGAUGUCAAGAAGGAAACAGCUAGUGAUACCACGUCUUCCGCUGCACGGAUCGAUGGUAACGGGGCCGCUGGCGUUGGCUCCAAAGACACGCGGGCGCCUCAGGAUGCAUCAAAGCCAUCAACUGAUACGCCAUCCGGCGCCAAAGUGGAGAGCAUCACACAACCCUCCCGGGAUUCCACUGCCGUGAAGACGGAUCUACCGCACCAUCCUUCAACCAGUGCGAAGCCCGAUAGCACGACGCCCAAGGUUGGUACCAGUACUGCGCCUUCGGUGCCAUCCUUGCAGUCUGUUGACCAGGAGAUGCGUGACGCACCGGAUGUCCCAGUCUCUCCCACCAAGUUUUCCCGGGAGCGCGAACCUGAUCCGAGCGAUGAGCGCGCUGCCAAGCGUACCAAGAUUGGGGGGCAAGGUGCAGCGCCAGGCGAGUUCAAGAUUCCUGAUCUGCCUGCACCUGAACCACGUUAUGAGAGGACGACCAAUGGAGACUCGUCCAUAACGAAGGUUCAACACAAGUUUCUCCUUAAAUCCAUUCUAAGCUUGAAGCGGAUGCACGACUCUCGCUUUUAUCGGGAGCCCGUGGAUCCCAUCAAAUUGAACAUUCCCCACUAUCCGACGUUUAUCAAACGUCCCAUGGAUCUCGGAACCAUCGAGCGGAAACUGAAGAACAACUUGUAUCGGACGGCGCAGGCUGUGAUCGAUGAUUUCUAUCUCAUGGUCCAGAAUUCUUUGACGUUUAACGGUCCCGACCAUCUGGUUGCUAUUGAGGGACAGAGACUCAAAGCCACGUUUGACAAACAGAUGGUCAACCUGCCGAGGUCCGAUGAGGUGGAGGAUAAGAGGCCCAAGAAGCCACUCGCGAAACCCUCGACAAUUCGUCGCGACCACCGGCCAGCUCCAAGCCCUGGCGUCGCGCGCGCCACUGCCGCUUCCCCCCAGGCUACCACUUUUGCUUUGGGACCGGAAGGCCUCCCUCUCAUUCGUCGUGACUCGGCCAAUGCGGAUGGACGUCCGAAACGUUCUAUCCACCCUCCCAAGCGUGAUCUUCCGUACUCCACGAAACCAAAGAAGAAGAAGUAUCAGUGGGAAUUGAGAUUUUGUCAGGAGGUACUGGAUGAGCUUCAUAAACCGAAGCAUUAUACUUACGCGAUGCCUUUUUACUUCCCAGUCGAUCCGGUGGCACUGAACAUUCCUACAUACCACAGCAUCAUCAAGAAGCCGAUGGAUUUCUCGACGGUCCAGACCAAGCUAAAGGCCGGUCAGUAUGAAAAUGCCAAGGAGUUCGAGCUGGACAUGCGUCUCAUCUUGAAAAACUGUUUCAAGUUUAACAUCCCGGGCGACCCCACCUAUGUGGCAGGCCAAAAGCUCGAGGAAGAAUUCAAUAAGAAGUGGUCCAAGAAGACACAGUAUCUGGAGCAGCAUGAGCCUCACGUCGAACAUCACAGCGCGGAGUCGUCGGAAGAAGAGAGCGAGGAGGAGGCGGACGAAAGCGAUUACGAUGCGGAGAAGCUUAGUCUGCUGCAGAAGCAGAUGGAGGAGAUGUCUCGCCAGAUCGAAGCGAUCACCCAGAAGAAGAAGAAGACUCCUCCUGGAACCAAGAAGCUGGCUAAGUCCAAGCCCGGCAAGAAGGAUAUCAAGAAGCCUAGUUCUUUGGGAUUAGGCAAAAAGGACAAGAAGAGCAGCAGCAGCGGAGCCAAGGUGUCAUCGAAACCGGAGAAGCAGCAUUGGGUUAGCUAUCACGAGAAGCAGAUAAUCUCCAACGGGAUCAGUAGUCUUCCGGACAAGAAGAUGCAGGAAGCGCUGAAGAUCAUACAGACCAAUGUCCCGUCCCUGAAGGGCACCCAAGAGGCUGAGAUCGAACUUGACAUCGAUGAGCUUCCCAAUGAUGUUCUGCUUAUGCUUCUCCGAUUCGUGAAGAAGAACGCGCCGCAUGUUGUAGAAGAGGAUCCUGCCGCCGUGGCUGCAGCGAACGCGGCCGCCCCGAAGCCCAAGAAGAACAAACCCAUGAGCAAAUACGAGCAGGAAGCGCAAAUCAACAUGCUUGAGAGCAACCUGUCUCGGUUCCAGGGCGGCGGCGGCGGCCGUUCGCCCGACCCUGUCCCAUCCGUCGAAGCCAAUGAGAGUAGCGAUGAUUCCGAAGAUGACUCGGAGGAAAGUGAGGAGGAAUGAACUAUCGCUACUGCGAACUCAUGUUGAUCUUCUAUUUUGAGGCCCGUGCACCGUGACUGGCGUAGUUAAUCCUACCGAAGGC